GGAAGUUGUUCUUUUCCGCGCAUCUUACGCGUUUUCCUGGAGGAAAAUGGCUACCAGCUGUCAUUUAAUCAAAAAGUGUAGCUCCUAAAGUGACGAUACCGUAUCUGCGUGGAAUUCGUCUAAACGUGUGCAGGAUCGUUCGCCGCGAUGCAAUUACAUAACGUCCGAAUCGUUUAGUUUGAUCGACGCCAGUUCUUCGUCUACAUGCGGAACCCGUGAAAACCUUCCACAGUGCCAUGAAAUUCUACUCCGCUCUACUGUUUACAGUUUUUAUUUUUCGCGAUACGCAUCAGUAACUAACGCGUUGACGCUACACCUACCGUUUUUAAGCAACUCAAUCAUCUCGGCGUUCGUUUUAUGCUGAUCGCUGACAAUUCGACGCAACGAAGGCUGCACAUUCCUCGAGCUCACGUUACUAUUUUUUGGAGCCAAAUUAAUUGCAAACAAGAAAAGCAGCAUGGGUUCGAGCCAACAAUUUUCUCUCAGGUGGAACAAUUACUUGAAACACAUCACAUGUGCUUUUGAUACGUUAAGGUCAGAAGAGGAUCUCGUCGAUGUUACUUUAAGCUGCGAAGGAAAACGAAUAAGAGCACACAAAAUGCUUUUGUCCGCAUGUAGCACGUACUUCAGGGAUUUAUUUAAAGAAAACCCGUGUCAACAUCCUGUUAUAAUAUUUCGUAACGUGAAAUUCGAUGAUUUGGCUGCAUUGGUGGAUUUCAUGUAUCAGGGCGAAGUGAACGUAGUUCAGGAACAAUUAGCCAGUUUUUUAACGACCGCUGAACUAUUGGCUGUUCAAGGUCUGACCGAUGGCACAGGAAAGGAUAACGAUAGUUUAGUUGAAGAUGACAUCGAACUACCUAACGAACCGGAGAUUCAGCUGCAAAAUGCUUCUAGUAAAUCGUCGACGGACAACAAAAGGAAUAAGUCACCCUCGUCUCCUAUGCCUUACCACGCCGUCGAUUUACAACCAGACGCUCCACCAAGCAAAAGACGAAAAUGUAGGGAAAACGCGAAUACGAGCGCGGAGAAGGCCGCGAGCAACAACGCCUUGUCCGCGAAAGAUUCCGAUAACAAAACGACGGAAAAUCAAACGACUCCCGGAUCCGACCCUGUUGAAAUCAUCCCCUUAAUGCCGAAUUUGAAGUUGGAAAUGCCUGAAUACUUAGUACAAGACGGAAGUAGUUGUAGUUACGAGGAUCAAAGUUUAGGAGACAGUUCGCUAAAUAAAAUUGGUGUAGAGGACACGUCGUCUAAUACGCCCGAUGACCAGAAGCUCGACAUCUCUCAAACAUUUUAUUCAAGUAAUCAGUCUACUUCAGAUAGUAUGGACCUUAAACAUCAAGGCGCCGACGUUGGACACUUGCUUUCAAAACCUGGUACUUCUGGAGAAAGGAUAACACAAGAGGCAGUACAGGAUUCUCGUACGGUGGUCAUCGAACAGCCGUCGCAUUCGUGCAAACUCUGCGGUAAAACGUUUUGGAAUCGGGACUCGAUGUACAAACACAUGAACAUGCACAAAGGGACGACACAGUGUCCGGUGUGCCAUAAAGUGCUCAGCCGAACCACGCACAUGAAGCGGCAUUUAAAAAAUCGGCACGGCUGGCUUGGCGUCGGGACGACCGCAGCCGCGGCCGCAGCCGCAGUCGCCGCGGCAGCCGGGACCGGGACCGGGACCACCACCGCCGCCGCCACCACCGUUCCCGUUGUCACCGGCACCGUCACCGCGCCUAUCGACGGCCCGACGGUCGCCACGUCCUUGCCGACGCCGAUCUCCGUUUCCUCGACCGCGAUCGCCCACCGAAACGCCGGGAGCCCGACCGCCGGCCUCGAAUCGAACGCCACCAUCACCACCAUACGGAUUAGGGAGAGCAGCGUCGAGAGGAUCACCUCUAGUCCCAUUCCUUAGUGAGCUCGCGAGCACGAGCCGACGAGCCCGUCGACGGAAGAGAGGAUAAACGGACCGUCGCGAUCCCUGUUCCUAAUUUCCUUAGACAGUCCCCCUUCGUUUGAUUUUUAGUCGCGUCCUCGGGCCGCCCGAUUUCCUUCCCUCGCGAGUAUAGUUAUAUUUUAUUUAUUGUAUAAAAACGAUAGACGAUUAUGAAUCGACACCAAUCGAUUGGCUUAGCUGUCGUUAAACAAGCAUAAUUAAGAAAUCGAGAUUCGAACAGACACCAAAGAGCUGCUAUGUUCUAUAUAGCAGAUAGUCAUUUUAUAAUUUGAUCAAUUCGGAAUCCCUUCUUUGCUACUUUUCUUUUUCUUUUAGCGUACGUACUAUGUACACAUUUUUUAGUAAACGUUAAACGUUGCUCCACUCUAGUCGUCGACGGGAAUUAAAAUGCCUGUCUUAUACUUUACACCUAGUCAUUUGUACACACGCGCGCGUGUGUGCGUUCAUUUAUGUAUAUGUGUAUAUGCAUAUAAAGAGGAGAAGAAUGAGGAGGAAUAAGGUAGACGAGGGGAGUAGAUCGUGAAGAACAAAGAAGAAACUGAAGAAGAGGGCGAAGAGAUCGUAUGCGUAAUCACGUGCAAAACGUCUAUGUUAACGUUUUUUGUAACCGAGAACGCGCAGCGGGGAAGAGGGGGUGGGGCAAAUUAUUUUAUCUAGUCAAAUGAGUUCGGUACUUAAAUAGCGUGUAAGGAGGAAUGUGCAUCUUUCUUUGUACGAUCGACCGCGAGAAUUUACACGGUCCACUUUGAUCGAACAGUUUAUUGUCAGCUGACUAUAAAUCAUUGUAUAAUAAACUGAACUUCUGGGUUUGGUCUCUCCCUGUGCCUCGGAACGUGAAGCGAGACGACCAGAUAUCUAAUGGGCCAUUAAUUUCGAUCUAAUCAAACUGAACCGUGUAAAGAGGAAACGAGGGGAAAAAAAAAAAUCCAUUUAUCCUGAACGAUCGAUCGACUGUGAGACUGAACAGAAACGUGCGGUCCUUUCUGAGGCUUCGAUAUCGUUCUUUUUUCCCCCGCGACUGAUGACUCUUAGCCAAAUCGUCUCAUCUCGUUCAGGAUUCGUUUUUGUGCUAGCUUCUAUUGUUAACUUUCAGUCGCCUGAGGUCGUGAAACCUUCCUCGAGGCACGAAACAAUAAAUAAUCGUACGUACAAUUUUAAAUAGUAUAUAUAGAGAAAAAGCGUGCCAUUUUAAUCGUUCUAGUUUUGUUCGAAACGCGCGGAAUUUCUGUGCCGUUUGGGCGAUCGUUGCCCUUUACUUUCAGCGAUCGACAUCCAACUUGCUCAUUCGUUCGGAGUAUAGGACUAGAAUUUGGCCAUAUUAUACCGCGUUUACGAUACUGAACAUACUCAUGUACUGUUUUUAGUUAUAAGCUCAGAGGCUUGCCGAAUAUUCGCGUACUAUACAUUAAUUAUCUAUGUAAUAUUCAACGUAGAUACUUUAUUUUCAUUUACACGUCUAUCCCGGAUAAGGAUAUAAAAGUUAUCUUAAUAUAUAUUAUCUUUAUGUUACCUAAUUUUUGUUCAUUUUAUUAUGCUUAUAUUGUUUGUUUUUCUAGUUUUAAUUUCAUUUCGUUAUUACCUAAUUUUAACCCAAAGGAAGCCUUGGCUCCCAGCCAAACUCGUUGUUUUUUUAUUUUACUUUUUUUCUGUGCAAUCACGAAGAGGCUAUUAUUCAACGAGACGGAAGACCUGUUAAAUAAUGAUCUCUUGUUCGCUGUAUGCCAAAGUCUUUGACGACGCGUUGCGGAACGGACGAACAUGCGAAGCUUGAUUGUGACGCGGCCAAGUACAAAUCGAAUCUAGUUCACUGGAACGUCAGAAUGGGAACAAUUUAGCACAAUUGAUCGUCAAUCAAUCGCCAUGUUAAUUACACCGCUGAUUUUAUAUUCUUAAAAAGAUUUUUUUAUAGAAAUUCUUUAUUCUUAUUACUUGAGCACGUUUUGAAAUCGAGUAACUAUUUGCAUCGCAUCCGCUGAUGCACAUCCACUGUCUAAUGUUUUGUACAGAUCAGUGAAUACGAUGCCGGUAGUCACCGGGUUUGAGAACGCAGUUGCAAAUUUUAUAUACAAUAAUAUUUAUGUAAAAUAUAAAAGAGAAAAGCAGCGCGUUAGUAAAUGUGCGAUUUAGUGAAAAUUUUUAAUCGUGCAAAAAAGGCAAAAUGUUUUCCACGCAGGUUGACAAUGCUUGUGUUACAGUUUGCAAUCGCAUGCGUUACGUACAUCGUGCUUGUUACGUAUUUUACGGUCACAACCUGCACGUUUACAAUUUUGUAUGGUUCCGGGUUUUCCCACUUCUUCCCCCCAUUAUUUUUUCUUUUUUUUUUUACCAAAGUUAGCGUUUCGCUAGAAGCACGAGUCAACGUUUAGUGCGACAUUAUUCCUACACACGUUGAUUUCGUUUCUUCAUUUUCAUUUAGCUUAAUUUAUGUGAGGAGCUCUUUUACGAAGCGGGCUAUUGCGUUAAAACGUGACGGGCGUUUAUUCACACGUACACUUGUGUAUGGUAGACGUGUAGAGUUUAAUUUAAACGAAACGAAUGUGCACAUUCCUCGGAAGCCACAAUACGAAUAAGUACAAGAUUGCCAAUUAUUAAUUUAGAAAAGAAUUGAUAUUUCUUUCUUUAAUUAUUUAUAAAAAUAGGAAACUUAUAUAUAUAUAUA